GCAGGAGGGCCAAGAUGGCGGAAGCGGCGGAGUCUCCUGGAGACCCGGCAGCAGCGUCGACCAGGCCCCUGGUGAGCUGGGGAUCUGCGACGAAAGGGACCGAGGUUCGCAGGCCUUUCAGAUAUAUCCAUCUCACAAGAUAUCCCUGUGGAAGGAGAAAUCACCAUUCCUAUGAGAUCUCGCAUUCGAGAAUUCGACAGCUCCACGUUAAAUGAAUCUGUUCAGAGUACCAUCAUGCGUGAUCUAAAAGCUGUUGGGAAAAAAUUCAUGCAUGUUUUGUACCCAAGGAAAAGUAAUACUCUUUUGAGAGAUUGGGAUUUAUGGGGCCCUUUGAUCCUUUGCGUGACACUCGCAUUAAUGCUUCAGAGAGGCUCUGCAGAUAGUGAGAAUGAUGGAGGGCCCCAGUUUGCAGAAGUGUUUGUCAUUAUCUGGUUUGGUGCAGUGACCAUCACCCUCAACUCCAAACUUCUUGGAGGAAACAUAUCUUUUUUUCAGAGCCUCUGUGUGCUGGGUUACUGUAUACUUCCCUUGACGGUGGCACUGCUGGUUUGCCGACUGGUGCUUUUGGCCAAGCCAGGACCAAUAAACUUCAUAAUCCGGCUUUUUGUGGUGAUCAUGAUGUUUGUCUGGUCUAUAGUAGCCUCUACAGCCUUCCUUGCUGACAGCCAGCCUCCGAGCCGCAAAGCCCUGGCCGUGUAUCCUGUUUUCUUAUUCUAUUUUGUCAUCAGUUGGAUGAUUCUCACCUUCACUCCUUAGUGAAUCAGGAAGUGGAAAUGAAAACCCAGUGAAUUGAAAGCUCAUCUGAACAAUGCAAUUCACCCUGGAGCUUUGUCUCUGGCCCUGUUUUGUCUCAUUUUGGAGGUAUUUUGUGAGGAGAUGAUAAAGGAGCCAUAAAGCACUGUCGCCACUUAUGUAAGGAACUGAUGUUUGAAAGGCUGUUCUUUUGUCUUAACGUCAUUUCUCUAAGAUACAUGCGCAUAGUACACACAGUAUCGCGCCUUCUUCAGGCGUAAUAGGGUCACUGCGGUCCUUUGGGUGACUGCUGAUGGCCCGGAAAGCACACGGAUGCGUCCCGCACGUUGAAUAGAUGUGGUAACUCUCUUUGCAGUUUUGAGAAUCCCAGUUUAGGCGUGGCUCUUAAACACAUUGUCUUAUGACUGUUAGAAUAUGCCUCUCUUAUUAGAAUACAUAAGUCUGUCGUCAUUUUCUUUUAUUUCUGUCUCAUGUUUAAAAAGGCAGUGACAGACAGGGUUCAUGGGUGUGGGGGGGAGAAACAUUCAUUAACCAUAUUCAGAUUUUGAUCAUAGAAAAUUCUGCACUUGUUGCUUUUUGAAAAAGCAAGAGAUAUUUCAAGAAUCAGCAUCUUUUCAUCUUUCUGUAUCAUCACCUUACUGCCAUGCUUAACAGUACCUCAGUGCCACCCUGGUUCUGAUCUCACACCCUAGCUCUCAAUAUGCGAGCUGAGAUGUUAGCAUCUCCUUUUCCCUUGGCUGAAGCUCUCAGUGGUCCAGUGCUUGACUUGGUCCAAGUAGAACGCCUCCGAAAUAUCGAUUGGUGGGUCCCUAAGGCAUAUUACCCUGUGGGCACCUUCUCUUAAAGGUAGAAUGAGGCAGUUCGAAUAUAGCAUAGCUGUAAGGAAUUCUUCAUGAUUCAGUGGCCUGUGGCCUGUAACUGGAAAGUAAAGCUAAAUCUCAGUCCUGCAUUUAACCAUGUGAACAGGGAGAGGUUUACUGUUCUGAUGGCCGAUUCAUAGAACAGCUCGACGCUCGAAGCGUGAUGUGGGCUGAGCUGGCUUUAUAACUGCCGCCUUUUCCUCGUGGGUCCAGCACUUUUUUCAUUGGCUGUGGUUUGGGUGUUGGGGAAUAGCAACUUCGUUUCUUGGUUCUGGACUUCCUUUGUAAAGUUUAUUAGCUCUCCUUUAGGCAAGUACUUUUUUGCACAUGGGCACCUACUUGUAUUCUCAGCUGUUCAUGCACACACGUGGGAAGACUUUUCAGGGAGUAGACUGCCUGGAGCAGACUGAUGCUGAGCUAAACAGGGCUCCUUGAACGUAACAUGAGCUGCUGCCUUCUAUAAACUGCACACUGAAGAACUCUUAAUAGACAAAGACCAGGAGUCGGGCAGACGUUUAUUGUAAAUACACAGCUACUUAGAAAGAUAGCAGUGUCUUAUUCCACGUUUUUCUUUAUCAUAGAAUUUAAAUAUUUAUUCGUUUUGUAUUUAAAGACUACCUACACAUAGCUGUAUGAUUUAAAAAACAUAUUUUCUCCAUCCCCAGAUUAACCAAGUGAAUAAUACUUGGACAGUUGGGUUCUUGGAAUGAUAUUCAACUACAAAAGCAUUUCAAAGUUGGCCCUCUCUGUCCCAGCCUUAGUUACAUAUAGGGUGUCUCCCCAAAACUGUAUACACAAAAAAGUGUAAUCAUAAAGCCAGUGUUUAUUAAAAUACAUCUCAUUUUCAAAAUGUAAUAGAAUCUACAGACACCCUGUAGAUAGUUUUGGGGGGGACACCCUGUAUUUGUAUUUAUUUCAAAUUCCCCUUUAAAUUUAAAAAUAAACCCUGUCGGAGUACUAACUCAGUGCUUCAGUUAGGUAAAGAAAAUACUGUGAAACUGGUCCUAAUUUUGAAAUUAGUCCUAAAUUAUCAUCCAUAGCCAUUGUCUGAAAUCUUCUAACUGUCACUAAAAAGAUCUCUGUUCCAAAGUUAUUUUAUAAUCUGUCCCAGUGAUUAUAAGAUUAAAGAAACAACCAUGCUUCUCAAAAGGGAAUUAAGUAUUUACCAAAUUUUACUUACUCAGGCUAAAUAUUUGGUGAAAAAUUCUUAAGGCCACAAGUCUGCGGGGAGUGUGUGUGUGCGCGUAUGGGAGGGGGUUGUAUAUAGUGGGUGUGGAGGCAGUUCUGUAUAUUAAUCUGUUGUUCUUGGGUGUCUUAGCGAGUGGUGUUACUUCAUUUAAAUGAAGGUGGGUAAAAUGAAAUUUAAUUAUCUUUCUGAAAACGAGUAGUCAGUUUGAGGAUAUAAAUAUUUUCCUACAACACGCAAAAAGGGCAUUGGAUUCUGUGACAGAAGAUCUGAGUACGUUCCAUGGCUAAUUAUAGAGAGGACGACCAGCAGGGAAGGGGACUGCAACACAGGCAGCCCUGUUCCGGGAGGGGGGACGUUGCGCACGUCAGUGGAAGCGGGCACCGCUGCCAGCCCGGCUGAUCCCUGCUGCUCCUAGUCUGAGAUCGAGACUCCACUGUUAUACUCUUGAGCAAUAGGAAAGGUGAAGACUGCAUUUAAUCGCUGUCCAGAUUAUAAAAACUCAGUUGAUCCAAACAUAUCUGAAUAUGCAGUGUAGGCUUCGAAAGUCAGUCGAGUAAUUGUCAAGUCUUUCACCUCUUACGAGGCUUAUUACAUGGGUUGAAUUGGGGGUUUUCUGUUAGACAAGGUGGAGUCACAGGGCACGAGACUGGAAGCAUUUUGCUGUUGACUAGAAUUAUCUCUUUAUGAAGUGCCCCCUGAAAUUGUUUGGAAGGCUAGUAAGCUUGUAUAUGAAGACCUAAUUAUGGACUUUGUAUAUUCUGUUUAUUGGAUCUCCUGUUUACUCCUGGAGAUGAAUGAAAAUUUCCUGUCUUUCCAGAAUUUCGGGUAACAUCAACCAUUGGAAUUUAUCUAAAGCCUAGCAGUGUGUGACCCGAAGUCCAUAGCAUGCGACUGUUUUAUUCCAGAGUAAAGUUGUGAAAUUGUGAUUCUCACACUGUUAAUUUCUGAGGCAAUUUAGACCGAAAUAAAUGUGUGAAUGUUAAUCCAUGUAUGUAAAUUAGAAGUAAUUUUUUAGAUUCUGUGGGCUUUUAUUAAAAAUAAAGAAUUUUUAGGGGUUUACUUAGGCCAUAGGAUGGCUGAAUAUUAAUGACAAUAAUAUUACUACUAAUAAUAGCUAAUAUUUAUUGGGCAGUUACUGUGUGCCAGGCACUAUUCUAUUUUUUUAAGAAUUUUUUAUAGCUUUAUUGGGAUACCUUAACCAUAAAUUCACCCUUUAAAAGUGAUGUACAGGUCAGUGAUUUUUUUUUCCAAUAUAGUCACAUAACUGUGCAGCUCUCCCCGCUUUAGUUUGAGAACAUUUCAUCACUCCUCAAAGACAACCCGUAUCCAUUAGCAGUCACUCCCUGGUCCCCUUCUCCGGAGCCCCUGGCAACCACCAGUCUGCUUUCUGUCUCUCUGGAUUUGGCCGGGCACUGUUCUUAAGUGCUUUUCAUGCAUCUCUAAUCCUCAGCAUAAAGCACUACAAUUCUCCUUUUACAAGGAGAAAAUCGAGGCACAGAAAGGUUAAGUAAAUUGGUUUAGAAGAGGAAAAACAGUGGACAGAGCACAGUAGGGCACAGUUUGGAAUUGCAUUGUUAUGUACAUGAAAUGAAUAUACCCCUUCCCCAGGGUCCAGUCCCUGUUAUUACCCAUUACACUCUACAACUGACUGAAGGUAGAUAACUCUGGAUCUUUUUUCCUGGAUAUAAUAGAACACAAUAUUAGCAGCAUCUGAGAAAACACAAGAACAGUUGUACAUUGGGAAGUGUUAGGUUUGCUGCCCUUUUCCCUCCUCAACCCCCUCUUCUCUCCCCUACCCUUUUUCUUUUAAAGUCUUAAGGAUACAACAACUUCUGCCUUUUAAAAAAUUCUCCCAGGGAUGGUUAAUGCAUCAGAAUUUCACUUGUCUCUUCAGAUGUUUACCUCGCUCUCUUCACUGUCCUCAGGGAGAAAGUCCGAAAUCUUCAACUUCACCGUAAGGCUCACUAAGAUCUGUCCCUUUCUUAUUGUCCCAGCUUUAUCUCCCCUCCCUUUGCAGUCUCUUCUCAGAUGUCAGAAUAGAAUGCCUUUCUAUUUGGGUUGCACGAGGUGGGGGAAAGAAAGAACAGAGUGAAGGCUUUGUGCUAAUGCGAUCAGUGCUCCUGCCUGGUAGGAAGUGGCCACACACUGCUCUUGUUCGCUCUGUGCUCGUUCUCGCUGAGCCUUUGUGCUCCGCGCAGUCCUGCUGGUGACUUGGGGGAAACUUCAGUGCUCCAUUUUAAUCCUGCUCUUUCCUAUAAAUAAUGAAUCUGUGAAAAGAAUAAAUCCGUAACGUUAUUUGUGAAUGUUAAAUGUGCAAAU